UGUUUGAAUUCCACAGUAAUUGGUCCUUGUCUUAAUAUGUUAAAUAGUAUCCAGGUUAACAGAUAGGUACUUGAGUUAUUAGCUUCAAGUGGGCUUUUAUGCAGUGACAGGUAGUUGGUCAGUGGGGUCAAACUCUGCUUCAUCAUAGGCCCCACCCCUUAUCAUGGCUAUAUACACAUCUACUGUAACACUCAACAAAAACUAGCCUGUGCUUUGCCAUUGUACAUUUGAAUCAUGUUAUUCCUUAUAUGUCACUGAGUGAAGGAGUAGUGUAGUGAAUCAGUACAUCAUUUGGAACUGAAACUGAGAUCACUCAGAUUUGGAGAAUACUAAAUGUUUUUAGGUAUUUCUGUAGAAUUGUCUGUGUCUUUAGGAGAGGUGAUACGGAGGAGAGAAGAUGGGGAUGGCAAAGAGAAAUGCGGUGGUGACUGUGCAGAGAGAGAUCAUGGACGAGCAGAGCCUGGAGGAUUUAACACAGAGACUGGAUUACAAUGGCCGCCAUCCUCCACUUGCUAAGUGUCUCAAACAACGUGUCAGAUGCAGUGUGGUUGACCUGAAGAGGAAGGUGGUAAGCUGCCUUCCAGUUCUCUACUGGCUGCCUCGGUACUCCAUCUGGGACUAUGGAAUGCCUGACAUUGUAUCUGGCAUUAGUGUUGGAAUUAUGCACCUUCCCCAGGGGAUGGCCUAUGCUUUGCUGGCCUCUCUGCCUCCUGUAUAUGGCCUCUACACAUCCCUUUACCCAGCCCUAGUCUACUUUUUCUUUGGCACCUCCAGACACAUCUCCAUUGGCACCUUCACCGUGCUCAGUAUCAUGGUGGGCAGCGUCACAGAGAGCCUGGUUCCAGACGGUCCAGGGAGCUUCAUUUCGGACAGCAGCAACUCCACCGCUGAGUAUGACAUCACGGCCAGGGACCUCCACAGGGUGCAGGUGGCAGCCGCCACUACAGUCCUGGCAGGCCUUAUCCAGGUGGUCCUGGGUCUUGUGCAGUUUGGCUUCGUGGGCACAUACCUAUCGGAGCCGGUGGUUCGUGCUUACACCACUGCCGCUGCGGCCCAUGCCGUCGUAGCGCAGCUCAAGUACUUGUUUGGAGUCUCACCGACGCGCCUCAGUGGCCCACUUGCUCUCAUCUAUACGCUGGUGGAUGUGUGCUUGCUACUCCCUGAGACCCACCUCCCUACGCUAGCGGUCAGUGGUGUGUCCAUGCUGGCUCUGAUCAUCGCCAAAGAGCUCAACGCAGCCUACAGACACAAGCUUCCUGUGCCCGUCCCUGUGGAGCUCCUUACUAUUGUUGCAGCAACACUGAUCUCGUCCUAUGCAGAGCUAAGUACCUACAAGGUCCCUGUGGUUGGGGAAAUUCCUUGCGGGCUGAGCCCCCCCAGUGUGCCUGACUUCAACAUCUUUGGAGAGGUCAUCGGGGACGCCUUUGCCAUAGCUAUUGUGGGCUAUGCCAUCUCUAUCUCUCUAGGAAAAACCUUUGCCUUGAAGCAUGGAUACAAAGUGGACAGCAAUCAGGAGCUGGUGGCUCUGGGGCUCAGCAACACAGUAGGAGGAUUCUUCCAGUGCUUUGCCGUCUGCCCCUCCAUGUCUCGCAGUCUCGUCCAGGAGAGUGCUGGAGGCAAAACCCAGAUGGCAGGGGUCUCCUCAGCUGUGAUCGUGCUGGUGACUGUGCUAAAGCUCGGACCUCUGUUUCAGGAAUUGCCCAAGGCUGUCCUAGCUGCCAUUGUCAUUGUGAAUCUCAAAGGAAUGUUCAAGCAGUAUUAUGAUAUGGUGACUCUGUGGAGAAGCAACAAGAUUGACCUGCUUGUGUGGCUGGUCACCUGGGUGUCCACACUGCUUUUGAAUUUGGACAUGGGACUUGGAGCCUCUGUUGCCUUUGCCUUGCUGACUGUUAUCUUCAGGACCCAGCGGUAACUUAUCAUCUUUUCUCUCUCUAGUUU